GUUGCCGUUCCUUGUCGAACAAAAAAGAGCUUUAGACAGACGCUCCUCCCCUUUUGUAAUAUUUUUGAUAUUACGUGUGCUCUACGCGAAUCUAUCAAUAUCUAAAUCCUCUCUUUCUCUCUCUCUCUCCUCCUUCUUCUUCUUCUUCCUGUCGCUGCCUUGUGGUUGAGUGAGCAAAAAAACUCAAAACCCUCCAUGGAAAUGGGAGAGAGAAUCAAUUCGAGUUGUUGUUAGGGGGUUUGCGAUAUUUUAGGCUUCUGUCGGUGAUCUCGACCAAAAAAAAUAAACAAAGGAGCUAGUAGGGUUCUGUUUUCUCUAUCACUCGGAAGGAAGCUGGUUUAUGUCAAAACUUUGUUCUUCGGAAAAUGCGAAAAUCGUUCAAGGAUUCACUCAAGGCUCUUGAAGCUGAUAUCCAGUUCGCCAACACUCUGGCGUCAGAGUACCCAGAGGAGUAUGAUGGUGGCUACGUUCAGAUGAGAUUAUCUUACAGCCCGGCGGCUCAUCUCUUUCUCUUCCUUCUUCAGUGGACUGAUUGUCAUUUCGCUGGCGCUUUGGGCUUGCUUAGGAUCCUUAUUUAUAAGGCAUAUGUUGAUGGGAAGACCACAAUGUCGCUACAUGAACGCAAAACUAGUAUCAGAGAAUUCUAUGAUGUGUUGUUUCCUUCGCUAUUGCAACUUCAUGGAGGGAUCACCGAUGUAGAAGAAAGGAAACAGAAGGAGAUAUGCGACAAAAGAUACCGUAAAAAGGACAGAACAGAUAAAGGAAAGAUGUCGGAGAUCGAUUUGGAGAGGGAAGAAGAGUGUGGAAUCUGCUUGGAGAUUCGAAACAAAGUUGUUCUUCCUACGUGCAAUCACUCCAUGUGUAUAAACUGCUACAGAAACUGAAUCUCUUGUUUGGAAUAGGCGUGCACGGUCACAGUCGUGCCCGUUCUGUCGAGGCAGCUUGAAAAGAGUGAAUUCUGGUGAUCUAUGGAUAUACACUUGUAGCGCCGAGAUUGCAGAUUUACCAGCGAUUUACAAGGAGAAUCUGAAGAGGUUGUUGAUAUACAUUGACAAGUUGCCUCUCGUUACUUCUGAUCCAAAUCUUGUCCCUUAUGCUCCUCUUCCUCGGUGAACAUUACAUUCUCUCUGUUUCUUGUUAUGCACAUAGCAAUUUCUUUCAAACAAAUUUCAUCUAUUUAUGUCCACUUUGUAUAUAAUAUUUAUGUGUUUUUAGUUGGUUUUUCAUCUUUCUAUAGUCUCAGAUUUGGGUUUGUAUAUAACAACCAUUGGUUAUUGACAUUUAGAUCAAAAAUUCGAUAUCAUAUUUGCUGAUUAAGGGUACUU